AUGUCUUCAAGGCGGCACAUCCGGACCCUGAGAAGGCUACAGAGAAAAUUGUGGGACAGCAUACGGAAAAUGGAAGACAGACUAGAAUGCCGGUCCUGUUCAGUUCCCAGAGAACUUCGCCAGGCCAUUGGAUCCCUUAGCAUAUACUGUGGAAAGCGUAUCGACGCUGCCGACAGAUUCAUCAGGAGGUAUAGGAAGCAAUUUGCUACCAGGUUCUUUCACUGGAUAUUGUUAGGACUCCCAGGUUUCAAUUUAUUUACAGAAUUUCAUACCCAACUUGUCGACUGUCAACAAUGGGCUGAUGUAAUAAUCCAGACCAUGGCUAUUCUUUUGCUGAGCGCCGAGGCAAGAGCAAUUAGUAUCAAUCGAGAUCUCCACCCUCAGAACGUUCCUCGAGGGGCUGAGGAAGUAAAGUGUUGGGUCCACCUUCCUGAGAGCUUUACGUACUGCAAAGUGGAAGAAGGGUGGGCAAAGAUUGAGUGCCGAGAAGAUCUGAAAGAAGCUCUCGAAGUGACUCAGAUACAACAUCCCAGACGCAUAAGAAAUAGAAACGAUCUUGUCUCAAAUGGUGUUGACCUCGAUGGUUUGGAGCUAUUAGUUGGGCGAAUACUCUAUAAUGGGAGCAUACCGAGCUCGACGGAAUCCAUUUCUUAUACACGAAGUCCACCACCAAUUGAGAGCCGCCCGAACCAGCAUCGUCGCCGUUACAGGACAACUCGCGCUGUCAGUCCUAACCAGCGACCUGAAGCAAACAAUGCUCUGACAGCAUCAAUAACAUAUACCCGACCCAUUGGCCAGCGAGAUGAUCUGUCAACUAGAAUUCAAGUUCCCAAAAGAGACGCUCACCAACCUUCAACGACAAUUCCUGAUGAUCAACGAUCUCGUAGACCUCGCAGCGUCCAACCUACAAAUAUUCAUCCAAAGGACCUACUUUCAAACACAUUUCAACACGGACCAGCCGAGACCAUAGCUUUGAAUAUUCCACUUUUGAAUACAGGCCCAAAUAUCCGGCGUAAUGAUCUACCUCCAGACGUUCGACCUCCAAACACACGUCUCGAGGUCCGUCCGACAGAUACACAUAACACUCGACGUGUGGAUAUACAUCCAGCUGUCGGACCCAGAACUGUUCUUCAAGACAAACUCGAACGUGUUUAUCCGUUCCACCAGCCAUACCAACCAACUCCAGCUGCUAAACAUUGGGUUGCAAACGGAGAACCUAGAAUAGUCGACCUGUUUGUGCGAAAAGAUGAGGAAUCAUCCAGAAGAGAAGACUGUGAUGUGAUCCCCGAUGUAACUAGGCAAGGACAAACAAAACCCCGUUCACAGAGACAAGAUAAAUACACGAGAACGGAAGAGAUCCAAUCGCAGCUCGUACAUCCGCAACAGGAGAGUCAUGUGACUGUUGAGAAGAGCUCGUCACAACGUCCAGAACCGGUGCUCAGAAGAUCCAGACGCAGAUCACCCAACUACAACUCAGAAAACGAGCAAUUGCAGCACGGUGUACCAUUGACAAGAGUGCCUCUAUCUGCAAAGAUAUCUCCUUCUGAUGUACCGCACAUGUACCAGAAACACCAAGUGGGAGGUGAUAUUCGUCCGUUACCUCUUGCGCAAAGAAGGAUUAUCAAUCUUGCUGACAGAAGAGACUUCACUGAGCGUCCAACACUCAACACCAUGGAAAAAAUCCCACAACAUGACCGCACACAGAAGAAUGUUCGCCAAAAAGAGGAGCAUGUACGUCCUCAAGGAAGACCUAAGGUUGAAACCCAUAGCGGUAUUGGCGUAGAUCUCCCAAGAGAUCAGACUAGAAAUAGAACUGCCAUUGAUAAUUCGAUAGCGCCAGUCCUCAAGCCUGAGCAAUUACCCAGGAGCCGUCAGAGCAGAUCUAAGCACAGGGAACCCUCGGUGAACCACACCCAUAAGACCAAUGCGGCUCAUUUCAAUGGGAGCAUGGACUGUGAUACGUCCUCAUUUCCCGAUACGCCUCUCCCUCACAGGGUGAGCCUCAGCAAGGAUGAUCGUCGGCGUUUGGAGUCUCUUGAGAUAAAACAACCUGUUCCAAGAAGGAACUCACUUCAGUUUAGGGGAGACUUGCGUAACUACGCUACGCCAAUCACUGAUCAUAACGCGAACAACCAUAGGAAUAUGGCAGAUAAUGCCAAUAUGGAGCGAAAGCCAGACAAAUUCCUCCAAAAAAGGCCGCCAGGAUCCAGCCACAUUAGUUCGGAGAAAACGCAAAUGAGUCGAACUUCCUCAAGGGCACCAUCCUCAUCGGGCUAUGAUCCAGGAAUUGGAAUGUCAAGGACUGAAAGCCAGACUUCUAACCCUGUAUUUGAAUCUUCCACGGAUUCAGCAGCACGUCGAGGAUCAACUAAGCAAAUGCCGUUGGCAUAUAAGUUCGAUGAAGGCAGAAGAGGGAGGCGCGAUGUGUCUGCAAGCAGCUACGACUCUGGUAUUGGGAUGUCCAGUGAUGCCGAAAGCCAAAGAUGA